AUGUCAUACAGCGACUUAAAAGGAAAAACGUUCGUCAUCACCGGCGCAGCAGCCGGGCAAGGACGCGCCACUGCCCUCCUUCUCGCCCGCCAAGGUGCCAACCUGGGACUCCUCGACCUGCGAUUCCCACAGGAGGUGCUCGACGAAGUGACUCGACUAGGCGUUGAGGCACUGGGCUUCCAAGUCGAUGUGUCAGAUUCUACCACUGUCGAGGCCGCUGUGAAGGCGACAGCGGAAAAAUUCAACGGCAUCGAUGGCGCGGCCAACCUAGCCGGGUGGAUUGGCACACAGGGAUGGUCAGGAAAGGCCUAUGCCCUUGACACCAUAACAGACGAGGACUGGGAUGCCAUGAUGCAUGUCAAUCUGACUGGCAUUAAGAAUAGUCUCAAGGCAGAGUUACGUCACAUCAAGGAUGGGGGAAGUAUUGUGAAUGUCGCUAGCAUUGCAGGUCAGAGAGGAACCCCCUGGAAUGCGCCAUACGGAACGGCAAAAUGGGGUGUGAUCUCUUUGACAAAGUGCGCUGCACAGGAGGCAGGAACACGCAAUAUUAGAGUUAAUGCUGUCGCGCCGGGCGUGGUUGAUACCGCGCUGAUGGCGGCCUUAGGACCUGUUCAGCAGGUCAAUGACCGACUCAUCACACGAACAGCCCUCAAGCGAGUCGCCCAGCCAGAGGAAGUUGCCAGGACUAUCCUGUUCCUCCUUAGCAACGUGUCUAGCUAUGUGACGUCGAGUGUGAUCAACGUCGAUGGUGGUUACCAGUAA